CUUAAACUAAACCCCAGAAAAGGCUGGACACCGUUAUGGAAAGACUGACAUAUUUCUAUUGCUGCUAACAGGGGAUACGUAACUUUUAAAUAUGUUUAAGAAUUAACCUUAUAUUUCUAACUAGCACACGUUUGUUAUUGACGGUGGCCAUGUUUUCCGAAGCAAACAUAACAUUUAAUAAGCAAAAGAGUAUUUUUAGGAACAGGUAACUAUAUUAAAUGAGAAUUGUUACAGAAACUACAAGGCUUGGGGUCGUGCAGCUACUAAACAUGUGUACUAUUUAAAUUAUAACAGACCUACGAUCUCAUUCUACUUUCAGAAUGGAAACGGUACACAUUUUAACAUGGUAAUUGGGGAUAGCGGGAGCUGAUGGAAAGAAAUCCGGGAUUGUUAGCAUUUCUCUAUCCGCCUACCACGCCAGCCAGGGCCAGUCUCUCUGGUUGGGGGCACUGCGUGGGCAACAGCGACCGCGCCUCCAAGCGGCGCACAGUGAGUGCGCGCGACUGCGCUGGGGCCUCGCGCGCGUUCCACGAUGAAGACUGCGCGUUUGAGUGUCCCUGGCAACGCCACGCUUCCGCCUUCUGGAAGCCUGCACUCCAGCUUCUGAGAGUGCUGCACUCCCGCACUCCAGAGCGUGAGAGACCCGUCCUGGUGGGAGGGACCUGGGCUGGGGGGGACGGUGGGGGAAGAAGGGGGUGGGACUGGGAAAGCUUCUGGGAACAUUUGCUCUAGGGAUUCAGCUAAACUAAGAAAAAUUGGUCCAAGGCUCCGCACAAAAGGAUCUUUUCAUUCCAGUCCUUUCGCCCACGCAGGGAACGAUGCCUCUGGAGGUGGUGGUGGAGCUGCAGAUCCGGGCGAUUUCUUGCCCAGGAGUGUUCCUGCCUGACAAACAAGAUGUGUACCUCGGGGUCUACCUCCUGAAUCAGUACCUGGAGACAAACAGCUUUCCCUCUGCGUUCCCCAUUAUGAUUCAGCAGAGCAUGAGAUUUGAAAAGGUAUUUGAAAGUGCAGUAGAUCCUGGAGCUGUAGUAGACCUUUUGGAAAGCUUCCUAACCAGGUUUGAAUUAAUACAGCUAGUUCCUCCAGUGUGGGAUGAGUUGGCCUACUAUGAAGAAAACACACGAGAUUUUCUUUUCCCAGAGCCCAAGCUGACACCUUCGCACCCUAGGAGGUGUAGGGAGGUGCUCAUGAAGACGGCUCUGGGUUUUCCAGAAGAAAGACAUAAGUCACGAAGGCCUUUAUCUACAUCACAUGAACCAAUAUUUCCCUUAAGUACUAUAAAGAUGAAACUAAAGGAGAAUAAUCUCAACAGACUGCCCAAAGGCAUGCAAGCCCGGGCGCCCUCUCCGUAUUCUACCAGGCAUUUCUUCCAGGACCAGCCAGCUCAGUUGAACCUUGGAAAUAAUUUCAAAAUCUCUGGAGGAAGCAAGCCUCCAUUUGUUGUUAGACAUGUGGACAGUGCAAAGCCCUUUGGUGAGAAUAUUUCAGAGCAUCAUUUGAGGAGGUCUAGAAGAAAAUCUAAGUUUUCAGACUUUCCGUUUCCAACGAGAAGAGCUUCUUCUCUUGACAGCCUUGCAGCUAACGUAAAGGUUAUUAAAGAGCCAGAUGAACGGAUUGUUUUAAGGAGUGACUCAUCAUCAUGUUUAGAUUCAAGUCAGUUUGGAAAGUCCUCAUCCAGUAAACAAGGAGAUACUGAUUUCCACGGGAAAGCUUCAUUUGCCACCUACCAGCAUUCCAGCUCUCCUGGCCCCUUGGAUCAGCCCCUUCUCAGAGAAAGGUUCCAUCCUGGUUCUCAGUCCACAUGGAAGAAUAUCCAUGAGAGGGUAUGCAGUCUUCUAACAGCCCACAGAGCGCAGCAGCACCAAAACAAGGAAGAUGCUACCUCUGAAGUAAAUUAUAUCAUUGAAAGACCAAGCUACCCUCUGAAGAAAUACCCACUGCAUGAACAGAGAUAUUUUUAAGCUACUGUCUUAUGUAAGUAAGCAGCUUAAGUGCUUCUCCUUAUCUUGGUUUGCUAAAAGAAUUUCAGUUUCCUCCUAUCAAUAUGAAGUAACUAGAAAGUGUGGAGGACAGGAGACUUGGAGGAGACCCGAGAACCGCGUUCUUCCCUUGCUGUGUAUGAUAACGGCAAUGCACGUGCCUUCCAGCUCUCUUGCUGCCUCUUAUAAUCAUCUCCCCUGCCCGCAACAUCACCCUUUAUCUAAUAAACUUUCUGGCCUUCUUUCAGCUUCUUGAACACGGAGCUCUUUCCUGCCAUGAGGUCUCUGCACAUGUUGUUUUCUCCAUCUGGAAUAUGUCUUCCUGACUUUGCCUGGAUAACUUCUAUUUGUCCUUCCAGGCUCUUGAUUUUCUAUGAUACGACACUCCCUCUCUCUGUGAUGUGUACCCUUUAGUACACGGCAUUUUUCCUUCAUAAAUUAUGACACAGUUUCUUAUUAUAUUUUUAACUGGGCUGAUUGUUUAAAAUCUGUCUCUUCUACUGGAAUGAAACCUUUAUGAGAUCAGAGAAUCUGUCUCUGUUGCUCACUGCUUUAUACCCAGUAUUUGGUGCCGUACAGUGGAAUCACAUUUAACUUUUCAAACACAUGUAAUAGGUGUGUGCACUGAACAAGAACCUGCCUACCCACCUCCACCCUGCUGCUGUCCCUGUAUCACCUGACCCUCCACAAAGGUUACUGCUCAGUAAAGAGGGUUUUUUGUUUUUGUU